CCUUGUCGGUUCUUGGACGGCGCUUCCAGUUUGAGAUUCGUCGGCUGCAAUUCGGCGCCAACGAUUUCGUGUCGAAUUUACAAUGAAUUUCCAGCGCGAGCCGGACCAAGCUACCACUGCAUUCCGUGCGGCGACCGAUUUCGCUGCUUCGGGCGUCGUGGCCUCGAUCUUGCUCCUGUUUUUUGUACGACACGCUAAGUCCCGGUCGCGCGACCCACUAUCGGCCAUUCCGCCUUGAAGAGCCUGUGCAAGCGCGCUCACGCAGCUCAUCGGAGACGACGUUCCUGCGUGUUUGCUUGCUGCCAAUGGCUACUCGGGUGCGGACAGGCGCUGUCGUUUUUAUACUGCAGGAUAGCGUUGCAGUUCAAGUCGAUUGGUCGACACCGUGGCCGCCGCCAAGUCUCCUCUCUGUCGCCCGCCAGUCGUCGUGCUCGCCGCUAUGUGUGGCGCUUGCGCGCGCCAUACCUUUUAUAUCACUUGCUGAAUCGCCAAAUGUCCUUAACGCUAGGUGAUAGUUUCGCCACAUGUCACUAAGUAGGGGAAGAGACACGCGGCGCGCGAUUAUCCGGAUGACACGGCGUGCGCGCUCGACAGUCAUUAGCACGAUGUCAUGGUUCUGGUCCCGGAAGGAUGUGCGCCUGGCGCAGGCCGCCAAGGACGGUAACCUCUAUGACGUGACCAAGCUGCUCGACGCCGGCCUCGACCCCAACAGCUUUGACGAGGAAGGCCAUGCGCCGCUGUACCUCGCGGCAGCCAAGGGCCACUACGCAGUCGCGUCCGUGCUUCUGCAGGCGCGCGCCGACAUCAACCGCAGCGAUCGCGUGGGCCAGACGCCGCUCUUGAUCGCAGCCUGGAAUGGCCACGAUAAGGUCGUUGCAAUCUUAUUGCAGGCCCGCGCCGACGUCAACAAGGGCCGACGGGACGGAUGGACACCGCUGCACAGUGCGUCCUUCAACGGCCACGCCGCCGUCGUCGCGCUAUUGCUCCAAGCCCGCGCCGACAUCAACCGCAUUAGCAAGGUGGAUCGAACACCUUUGCAUUUGGCGGCAGUCAAGGGCCAUUUGCGCGUUGUCUCACUCCUCCUCGACGCCCACGCCGACGUCAACGAGAUCGAUACCGUGGGCCAGACGCCCCUGCACAUUGCAGCGUGGAACGGCCACGACAGCGUCGUCCAGCUGCUCCUUCAUGCGCGCGCCGACGUCAACAAGAACGACAAGGCAGGAUGGACGCCUUUGUACGUGGCUUCGGAGAAGGGCCACGUCGCCGUCGUCGCCUUGCUCAUUGCAGCCCACGCCCGAGUCGACCAACGAAGGGGGGAUGCGUGGACACCGCUGCACGUCGCAGCCUGUAACGGGUAUGCUGCGGUCGUGUCGCUCCUGCUGCAGGCCAACGCUGACGUCAACAGCACGAGCAAGGCGGGAUGGACGCCUUUGCAUUUGGCCGCGGUCAAGGGCCACGCUGCCGUGGUGUCGCUGCUGCUCGGCGCCAACGCCAACGUCGACCAAACCGACCAUGAAGGUCAGACACCACUGCACAUCGCGGCCGAGAAGGGGCACGCGUCCUUGGUGACCCUCCUCCUCGAAGCCGACGCCGACAUCAACAUCAAGUCCAGGGCCGGGAGGACUCCGCUGAUGCUCGCCAAAGAGAAGAACCACGACAAUGUGGGCGCGAUCCUCGAAGACAUCAUGGCGUUCAAGCUCGUCGACGCGGUCCGGCAAGGCGACCUCGACCAAGUCUUUCAUACGAUCGUCCACGAGCGCUUGAGCCCCAAUACGAUCAACACGAACGGCGAGAGCUUGCUGUUUACGGCGGUUCUGAGCCGGAACGCCAAGAUGACGCGCACGCUGAGUGACGCGGGUGCCGACGUCAACAAGGGCGACGAGAAUGGCCGCAGUCCGCUCAUCGCCGCCAUCGAACUCGACCAUUUCCCGACCAUCAUUACGCUGUUGCAGGCCAAGGCCGAUGUCAACCAAGGCCCACCGGGCGGUAUGACGCCGCUCUGCAUGGCCGCUUUCAACGGCCAAGAAGCCAUUACGAGCAUGCUGCUAUCGUGCAACGCAGACGUCAACCUCCCGGGCACCGACGGACAGAGUCCGCUACUAUUAGCAGUCACCGCCGGGCACAAGGGCGUCGUGGGCAUGCUCCUCGUGGCGGGCGCCGAUGUCAACGGCGCCAAUGCGCACGGCUACACGCCGCUCGCGCGCGCAACGAUGAACGGCGACAGCGUGCUCGUCGAGAUGCUCUUGGCAGGCGGGGCCAACGUCAACCAAACCGACAAGGAAGGACGGACCGCGAUCUUUGUCGCAGCCUCCAAGGGCGACGACCCGAUGGUCGACCUCCUCCUCGAAGCACACGCCGACGUGACAAUCGAGAACAAGGCGUGCGAGUCGCCCUUGCAAGUCGCCAUCAAGCACGGCUACCGUAAAAUUGCCCAGAAACUCCACAGUAUUCUCGUUCUCGAGGCGCCCAAGAUUGAACUGGACGAGAUCGAACUCUUGUCCGAGCAGCCGAUUGGUCGCGGCGGCCAAGGAAUCGUGUACAAGGGUCGCUACAAAACGACCGAAGUUGCCAUCAAGACCGUCUUUGACAAGGAAGGCAUUGCGGCACUGGAGAUUGAGAUUGAAAACAUCAUUCGGUGCAACUCGCCGUACAUCAUCAAGCUCCUCGCGGCCUACGGCCUCCACACGAACGAGCCCAAGAUGGUGCUCGAGUACAUGAACAGCGGCAACCUUCGACACUACCUCAACCGCAAGCGCGACGGUCUCCCAGUCGCGCUCGAGUUUUCGACGCUGCAGAUUGCAUGGGUCAUUGCAAAUGCGAUCUGCGAUCUCCACGAAAAGAACUUGCUGCACCGGGAUUUGAAGUCGGACAACGUACUUCUCUGCUCGACAAACUACAUCAAGCUCGCCGACCUCGGCAUCUCGCGGCAGUAUGAUAUUCACACAAUGACAUCGGCAGUCGGCACGUGGCACUGGAUCGCGCCCGAGGUGUUUGAUGGCGGUCACUAUGACUUCUCGGCCGACGUCUACUCGUUCGGCGUCAUUCUCACGGAGCUUGAGACGUACCAGCGGCCGUACUGGAACGUCCAUCUCGGGCAGAUGACGCUCAUCGAUCAAGUGCGCAACGGCGUGCUCCGGCCAACGCUCUCGGCCAAGUGCGACGAGUGGUACCGCCAGCUCACGGAAGCGUGCUUACGCCACGACCCGGCGUCGCGCCCGAAAGCCAAGGAGAUCGUCAAGUGUCUCGAAGGGCAGAUUGCGCAAUCGCGGAAAUUUAUAGACAGAAGUUGGGAGACCGCGUCGUUUGCGGCCAUGACCAUGGUGCCGCUCGCCAACCUCGCGCGCGCCGCCUAAUCCUAAUCGUUAAUGCUAGCACCCAUCGUAUGAUCAUCUGUAUGUGUGGUGACGCCCGCGGUAAACUCAAGCACGAUGUGAGGGGAGAGUCGUCUCCUGGAAAGCAGACAUUGCGAGAAGAGGCGCCUGGUCUGAAGCGUCGCUCCCAGCCGAAGUAUGUGAUAUCUAGCUGGAGAUAAGCUAGUUGCCCUUCCCCUAAUGGAAAAAACCACAUAAGAGCAUCUCCAUCCGA